AUGUCUAUUCCUAUGCAUCGACUGGGCGGUCGCGCCUUUGCCCACGACGAUGACGAUAUUGAGCAAGAGUACGACCGAUUGAGAGACCUGGCGCGAGCCGAGGCGGAAAAGCGCAACGAUUGCUUCGCGCGCUCGCGUCAAGCAUAUGAAGAUGGCGAUGGUGCUGGAGCAAAGGAGCUCUCUAAUCAGGGCAAGGCACAUGCUGCCCGUAUGGAUGAUUACAACCAGCAAGCAGCCGAUUUCAUCUUUCGUGAGAACAACGCCUCUGGCCGUGUAGAGGCGGACUCGAUUGACCUUCACGGUCUCUAUGUCGAGGAGGCUGAGCGUAUUCUUGAGGAUCGCAUUCGCGCAGACCAGCGCAAUGGACAGACACAUCUCUAUGCCAUCGUCGGCAAGGGACACCACUCAGCUGGUGGUGUCCAAAAGCUCAAGCCCAAGGUCGAGGAGCUGUGCCAAGAACUUGGUCUCCGGUACGAAACCGAUGAGGACAACACAGGACGGAUUAUCAUCAACCUCCAGGGCGGAGAUCCCAUCCCUCCCUCGCACUCUGGUGGUUACGGUGGUCACCAUGGUGGGCAGCAGCAUCACCAGCCUCAGCAUCAUCAGCCUCAGCACCACCAGCAGGGACAGCAGAACGAUGACGACGGACAGGUGCUGUCCUGGAUUCUAAAGAAGUUGGAGAAGGCCUGCUGUGUGGUCAUGUAA